GAUGUGAAGGCCCAAGAAAACGCACGCCAUCUUCUGAUAUAACAUAAAGUUUCAAACACACACAGCCCCUUCUUCACAUCCCAUUUGGAACCACCGCCAACUCCACCACCACCAACUCAAUUUAUUCCCAUCACAACCACCACCACCACCACCUAUAUCUGUUUACUUCAAGAUUGCUGAUCAAAAUGGGAACUGGUUCAUCAAUAAACCUUGACAGUGACACCACAUCCCAUACCGGAAACGAUGAUGCCGGCGGUCAACUCUAUGUGUCUCUGAAGAUGGAAGAUUACACCCCAAAAGGAGACCUUUUUCCUCAUGUCUUUGGUUCUGUUCCUCUUGUUGGUUCUUGGGACCCAUCUAAAGCUCUUCCAAUGGAGCGUGAAUCGAGCUCUAUGUGGCAAUUAAGCUUUGUUGUCUCUCCUAAUCAUGAAACAUUGGACUUCAAGUUCUUAUUGAAGUCAAAGGAUAACACUCAACCAUGCAUAGUGGAGGAGGGUCCCGCCAGGCAGUUCAUGCGCGGGGCUCUGCAAGGCAUCACAAGGUUGGCUCAGUUUAAGCUAAAUGCGGAUGUGGUUCUUGAAUAUAGGGUUUGUAUCAAAGCCGAUAGGGUUUCGCCCUUUGAUCUUGCUGCUAGUUGGAGAGCUUAUCAAGAAAAUCUUGAACCCUCAACAGUUCGUGGGAUUUCUGACGUUAGUAUCAAUUCAUCACAUGAGGGUGGCGAGAAUGGUUUAUCAGCAAGUUUGGAUCUUGAUCUUGAACAAUACGUCAUCCCCGCUCCACCUACUUCUGUAGUAUACGCAGCUAAUUUGACCGAAAAUCCAAGAUCUUUAAAAUAUGACGCUUCAGACAACGGUGCGGAACUCACCAAUCCUCCCCCAACUAUAAAGGAACCCGAAGUUGUGGACCCCGGAAAAGAAGCUGUGGGCCCGGAUCGUGCUAAAAUGAACCAUUCUACUGGCAUGGUUGAGUCAAAAUCUGUGGGCACGUUUUCGCCAGUACAGAAACAAUAUAAUGACAAAGGACUUUUUGUGGAUAGAGGUGUGGGAUCUUAUCGGUUAGCUAAAUCCGCAAGUGUAACUAGCUUACCUGAUUCGGAAUCCAAGAACUCAAUGCCGGCUGCUGCUGGAGCUGUUGCUGCUGCUGCUGUUGCUGAUCAAAUGCUUGGACCCAAAGAAGAUAUGCAUCUCGCAAUUGUCUUGGUGGGCUUGCCGGCACGUGGCAAAACCUUUACCGCUGCUAAACUUACUAGGUAUCUUCGUUGGUUAGGUCACGACACUAAACAUUUCAAUGUCGGAAAGUAUCGACGGCUUAAACACGGAGCUAGUCUGAGUGCUGAUUUUUUCCGAGUUGACAAUCCGGAAGGCAUGGAGGCCCGGAAUGAGGUAGCUGCUUUGGCAAUGGAUGACAUGACCGCGUGGAUGCAAGAAGGUGGCCAAGUAGGAAUAUUUGAUGCCACAAACAGUACUAGCAAUCGAAGGAAUAUGCUUAUGAAGAUGGCUGAAGGCAAAUGCAAGAUAAUCUUUUUGGAAACAAUAUGUAAUGAUCCGAAGAUUAUUGAAAGAAACAUAAGGCUCAAGGUUCAACAGAGUCCUGAUUAUGCAGAAGAGACGGAUUUUGAAGCUGGAUAUCAGGACUUCAAAAUGCGACUUGAUAAUUAUGAAAAGGUGUACGAGCCGGUGAAUGAAGGUUCGUAUAUUAAAAUGAUUGACAUGGCUAGUGGGAAAGGCGGCCAGAUACAAGUGAAUAAUAUUAGUGGAUAUCUCCCUGGACGUAUUGUGUUUUUCUUGGUGAAUACUCAUUUGACACCUCGUCCGAUUUUUCUUACGAGGCAUGGAGAGAGUCGCGAUAACGUCAGAGGAAGAAUUGGCGGUGACACGGUUAUAAGUGAGAAAGGCGAGCUUUAUGCAAAGAAACUUGCCAACUUUAUAGAGAAACGACUCAAAAACGAACGAGCUGCUUCCGUAUGGACAAGUACGUUGCAAAGAACAAUUUUGACUGCAAAUCAAAUAGUCGGGUUCCCAAAGGUACAAUGGCGUGCACUUGAUGAGAUAAAUGCCGGUGUAUGUGAUGGAAUGACAUAUGAAGAAAUAAAAAAGAACAUGCCCGAGGAAUACGAGUCGCGAAAGAAGGAUAAAUUGAGGUAUCGAUAUCCACGUGGAGAGUCUUAUUUGGAUGUGAUACAAAGGUUGGAGCCCGUGAUAAUCGAGCUUGAACGGCAACGAGCUCCUGUCGUAGUAGUAUCUCACCAGGCUGUUUUGAGAGCAUUAUAUGCAUAUUUUGCUGAUAGACCUUUGAAAGAAAUUCCGCACAUAGAGAUGCCAUUGCAUACAAUAAUAGAGAUACAAAUGGGGGUCACAGGAGUACAAGAGAAAAGAUACAAGCUCAUGGAUUGAGAUACUAUUGCGCACCGAGGAGGCGUUAUUUGCUUGUAACUUUCUAACACACUCGCGAUAAACGUUUAUUCAACUUCUAAUUCCCCUAAAUGACAUCAAACAUUACACAAAACAUUGGUUACUAAACAUUGUAAUUGUCAUUAAUGAAAAAUAUAUUGAAUA